AUGUCGACAAUGACCUUUCCCAGCGAGCUGGCCGAUGCGGCCACUAGUGUUGAGAGAGGUUGGCAAACCUUGCAGCAGCCAGUGGUACUGGGUGAGCCGUGCGUGACGCGCUUUCGGGGGAAUGGCACCAUGUUUCGUUGGUCGGGAAGCUGGUCCAGGAUUUCAGAUGUUGGCGCCGCCGCCUCCAUCGAGGAGCUGUGCGGCGUGCAGAAGAAGUUUCGUCUGGAUCGCUGGACAGUGGCUCUUGAGCUUCACUGCGAGGUGACAGCCCGCACUGGCGUUCCAUCAGUCCACAUUCAUUGCAUGUUUGAUUCUGCAAAGUCUGUGAGCCUGGCUGCUUCGGACUUGCGGUUUAGAGAUGCCCACCCGUACGCUUCUGUGGAUGCGCCACGGGCGCGGGGUCGCAGCACUCGUCGCAGCUAUGAUCAGGGACACUACUAUCUCCAGGUGCCCAAGGUGGGCGGAGUGUGCAUGCAAACUAACUAUCGCGCCUUCAACUCGUAUCCUAUUAGUCCAGAUUGGGUGACCAACUUGUGGCAGACCAACAAAAUAAGCACCACAGCUGCUCGCGAUGAAUAUGUCAAGUGCAGAAAGCACGUGAAGGCCUAUUUAGACAAUCUGGCAUUUUGCAGCCAAUGCGAGCGUGACCAGGCAAUUGUGGAGAAGAAGCAUGCCGUCGAGCAGGCUUUAUUGCCGCUGCAAAAGAAAGCUGCACGCAUCGAAAUCGUGGAGGCGGAGUUUCUGCCACAGUAUGAGAAGCCCAUGUUCCGACGGCGAUUCCUUGUUUUGACCGGGGCCUCAUGCCUCGGCAAAACAAUUUUUGGAUGUUCACUUUCUGGCCCUGGAAAGACGCUGGUUGUCGAUUGUGGCUCCGCGGACCAACCAGACCUUCGACCUUUCAAUCCUUUGGUGCAUGAGACGAUCAUAUUCGACGAGUGCAGAGCAUCGACUGUGGCCAACAACCGCAAGAUCUUUCAGGGAACCACGCAAAAUGUGGCGCUUGGGCAUUCGGCAACCAAUAUUUUCACGUAUUCUGUGUGGCUUCACGGAGUGAAGAUGGUAGUCACCAGCAAUCGCUGGCAUGAAGAUGUGGCUGAGUUGCCAGCAUCCGAUCAAGCCUGGCUGCAGCAUAAUGCCAUCGUAGUGAAUUGCAUUGAGAAGCUUUACGAGGCGUGA